AUCGACGCUCUCUGUUAUCUGUAGAUCGCCUGUUUGCUGCUAACGGUUGCCAUGUAGCAUUGUGCUAGCUAGUGAGUUACGAGUAAAACACGUUUUGCAUCUAGUUUUGCCGUUUUUUAAGCUACUAAAGUCUGUUUUUAGAAUGUUGAGUUCUACAUGGAAUUUCAUUAAACGCCAUAAGAGGAAAUUCAUCUUCGCUGGGGUUUUUGUUGGAGGUGUCUAUCUGCUUGGUAAAUAUGCACAAAGAAAAAUUCAGGAGAUGCAGGAGCGAGAGGCAGCUGAGUACAUUGCCCAAGCUCGCAGACAGUUUCAUUUUGAAAGCAACCAGAGGACAUGUAACAUGACAGUGUUAUCAAUGCUCCCUACUCUCAGAGAGACAAUCGUACAUCACCUGAACUCAGAGAACCUCACCGCUUUGCUGAAAACUAAGCCAGCUAAUAAACUUGAAAUCUGGGAGGAUCUAAAGAUUAUUAGUUUUACCCGAAGCAUUGUGGCGGUUUACAGCACUUGCAUGCUGGUGGUGUUACUCAGAGUUCAGCUCAACAUAAUUGGUGGCUACUUGUACCUGGACAACUCUGUGACAAAGAAUGGAAUGACCCCCUUGGCCCCUCCUGAUGUUCAACAACAAUAUCUGUCAAGUAUCCAGCACCUUCUUGGAGAAGGGCUCAUUGAGCUGAUAACAGUGGUGAAGAAAGCUGUCCAGGAAGUUCUUGGACCGGUGCCUCUGAAGCAGAGUUUGUCCCUACAAGAGUUGGAGGAACAGUUCACUCAGAUCAGACAGUUAGUGGAGGAGGGCUGUGCUUCCUCUAAACACAAAAGUCUUUCAUGGUACAUGAUGCCUGAUGAAGAGGACACACUAGCCUCGCAGGCUUGUGGUCUCACAGAGAAUGAUGUCACAACAAUCAAGCUGCUGAAUGAAACAAGAGAUAUACUUGAAAGUCCAGACUUCACUACUGUACUCUGUACUUGCUUGAGCCGAGGCUUUAUCCGAUUCCUAGACAACAUGUCAGAGUUUUUCCGACCCCCACAGGGGGACUCCAACCCUUCCAGCACACCUGACCGACUAUCACAUGUAAGCCUCCCACUAGCCAAAAUCAUUCCCAUCAUCAACGGACAGAUACAUUCAAUAUGCAGUGAAAUACCCAGUCAUUUUGUCCAAGAUCUCUUAUUGGUAGACCAGGUGAAAGAGUUUGCCGCCAACGUGUACGAAACGUUCAGCACGCCUCAGGAACUUCAGAAUUAAGCACAGGACUGAGCAAGAUUGUGAAAACUUGUGAAAGCGGAAUUCCUCUACUUUAAAGAAACUCUCAUGCUGUACAGCACAGAAUUGUUCUCCUCGCACACCCUAAAAUCAACCCAGGGGAAACAACCUCGCUGCUGUUCUGAGAGAAGAGUGUCUAAUGGAGUUCAGGCAUUCUGUAUGAGCUGCUUCCACAUGAUCUGCUAGCUGUCCUGUUUGUAAACCUUGUCCCAACCAGGCAUGCUAACAUUUUUACAUGCUAUAAUAAACUCUACUACAUUCUAUUUAUUUUUUUAAUCCCUGUAGCAUAACAUAACUUGUCACGCCACGGCUAGCAUAGAAGAUAAUACAUACAUAAUGAUUCUCCAUGCAUUCACAUCUGCAGGGUUGACUUUAAAGGGUGAAUUAUGGACAUUUUAUAUACGAUAUCUCUGAAUCUGAUGUUGCUGGACGCUCUCCAGGACCAAGACACGGACAUGCUCACCUCUGCAACGGUAACAAUGCAUGAUGAUUGCACUGCUACUGAUAUAAAUAAUACAUAUUGGGAGUAUUUUAAUUCAUAUUUACUUGGUUCUACUAAUUAAGGAGAAUUAUUGGACUUGUUUUUGUUUUACAAACUCUGCAGGUUGUAGUAUACUUCUCCUUUUGUAAAAUGACCCAUGAAUGUUAAUAAAUACUGUGAGUAAUAAUAUUA